AUGGCCACAGCGACAACACUCCCAGAAGUGCUUGCAAACUUCGAAUCAGCCACAGAACUGGCCAUACAAGGCCUGCCCAGCACAGAGUCGCUGCAGCUUCCUGAAAAUGGCAACACACUCUUCGACACCAAAAAUGAAAUAUUUUUGUCCUAUCUGCAGGCACUGGCGCUGCGUAAUUUGAAUGUCAUCCGAAGCAUCAAGAACGGAGAUGAUGCAGUUAAAACGCAGAAACUUAGCAAUGACAUCACCAAAAAGCUGGUCGAGCAACGCGUCUACCUAGAGCGAGGCGUCAAACCGUUGGAAUUGAAGCUCAAGUAUCAAGUCGACCGCGUGGUCAAGGCGGCCGAUGAUCAAGAGCGCAUUACUGCGCAGAAGGACAAGCAAAUUGAGCAGGCCAAGGCCAAGGCUGCUGCAGAGGACGGUAGCGAAGAUGAUGACGACGAGGAUGAGGACAGCGAUGCCGAGUUGGGCGCCGACAUGACCGCCUACCAGCCCAACCUCGACACCAUUGAAUCCAAGCAGACCGAGGGAGACGGUAUGCGCCGCGGCAAGAGCAGCGAGGACGGCGUCUAUCGUCCACCCCGCAUUUCCGCCACRUCAAUGCCCACCACCGAACGUCGUGAGCCCCGCGCAGAACGGCGGCCCAACCGAUCUGCCACGCUCGAUGAGUAUGUCUCUACCGAAUUGUCCACCGCACCAGUGGCAGAGCCCAGUAWUGGUAGCAACCUCGCCUCGGGGGGGCGCCAGACCAAAAGCGCGCGCAACUUGCGGGAGGAGGCCGAGAGGCGGGACUACGAAGAAACGAAUCUUGUGCGUCUACCGGUCAUGUCAAAAAAGGAACGCGCCAAGAUGGGCCUUGGGAAGCCAAGCGAUGGUGGAUUUGGUGGCGAGGAAUGGAGAGGUCUGGGGCAGAGCAUCGAUCGCAUUGGCGAUCUCACAAAAAGGAAGGGUAAAGACAGCAGCUUGGACAAGAGUCGGAAACGCCGCGCUGUGGAAGACGGACCACGAAGCGACGGCACCGGCGCUGCAUUUGACGUCAAGAAGCGGCGGAUGCAGAAAAAGGGUUGA